CGGGUCGUCCAUGGGGUUGAUCGCUGCGCGAGCAUAAUAAAUCGGAGCAGAGCGUGUGCGCUAUACGUCGGUGCGUUGACGGUGGCGGUGCAGUACUAUACGCGCGCUCGUACGACGCAACCUGUACCUGUGUACCUGCACACGUACAAAAUCGGACGGACUUGCUCGGGUCCGGGCCGGUGUAAUAUGUAUUCUGUGGCUCCGGUCGUGUCUGUGGCGACGUACCGCCUCGAGGAGAACGUUCUCAUGAACAUGGGCGAGCGACGGCAGAUGUAGCGUCGUGACGACGCUUCGACGCCGCAAGGGAAGAACGACACGGCACUCGGUGAAUAGCGGCGACAGCGUCGAUUAUUCUGCGGAUGUCUUCUCCCCGUCGUCAUCGCCGGAGAACGGCGCGCUACGUGCAGGCCUAACGUUAUUGCACGUAAACGAGAAUGCGUACCCCUGCUGAGACUGAAACACUGAGCCAACCUGAAAUGUAUUAUCUAGACACAGAGGAGACUGGAACGUCCGCAGAUGUAGACCGAGCAGUCCUGUCAUCCCCUCAUCCGGAGGCUCAUAUAUUUACGAACAGCAUGCUAUGCAUCCAAGAAGAGCUGGGUCAGCUAAGUGCAAUCGCAGGGAGUGCCGCAAUCACCGAUCCACGAGAAGCUCAAUUACCCAACAGCAGUCACAACAAUUCGGAAAACAAUAGCAAUUCCAGUGACAAGUGCAGUCCCGGGUCGGGAAGUCUCGAUUCGCAACGAUCUAGUUGGGUUGAGGGCAUACUAGGAUGCAUGCGCCCUGUUUGGACUAUGCUAUCGAAGGCUGCUGUCAACGAGAAAAUCAAAGGUCAUUCGACGGAUGAUUGGGAGAUACCUUUUGAAUCGAUUAGCGAGCUACAGUGGCUUGGGUCCGGUGCUCAAGGUGCAGUAUUUAGCGGGAAACUAAAUAAGGAAAUUGUAGCUGUGAAAAAGGUGAGAGAACCGAGAGAGACUGACAUACGCCAUUUGCGGAAGCUAAAUCACCCGAAUAUUGUACAAUUCAAAGGAGUAUGCACGCAAGCCCCGUGCUAUUGCAUAAUAAUGGAAUUUUGUCCAUACGGACCAUUGUACGACCUUCUAAGAGCAGGGGAACCGGUUCCUCCUACUAGAUUGGUGUCAUGGUCAAAGCAAAUUGCUGCAGGAAUGGCAUACCUUCAUUCCCACAAGAUUAUCCACAGGGAUCUCAAAAGUCCAAAUGUUCUAAUAGGACAGAAGGAAGUGGUGAAGAUUAGUGACUUCGGAACAAGCAGGGAAUGGAAUGAGAUCAGCACGAGGAUGAGUUUUGCCGGUACAGUAGCGUGGAUGGCGCCGGAGAUUAUCAGAAAUGAACCGUGCUCGGAAAAGGUAGACAUAUGGUCGUACGGCGUCGUGCUAUGGGAAUUACUUAGCGGCGAGAUACCUUAUAAAGAUGUGGAUUCCUCCGCCAUUAUUUGGGGAGUAGGCAACAAUUCCCUUCGUUUGCCGAUCCCAAACAGCUGUCCGGAGGGUUACGGUCUAUUGGUCAAACAAUGUUGGGCAGCUAAGCCGCGCAAUAGACCGUCCUUCAAGCUUAUCGAGAUGCAUCUCUCGAUUGCAGCCGUCGAUGUGCUCUCUACAAAACCCGAAGAUUACUUUAAAGCACAGCAAUCUUGGAAAAAGCAAAUAAGAGAACACAUGAUGCAGAUGCAAUCGAACAAUAAUAGCAGUCCGCGUUUCGAAGCCGACUUGAUUCGGCGAAGGGAAGACGAAUUACGGCACGCUCAAGACAUCAGAGAACAUUAUGAGCGCAAACUCGAACGCACUAACAAUCUGUACUUAGAAUUAAGCGCCGUGUUAUUACAAUUGGAGCUGCGUGAACGAGAUGUGAUAAAAAAUAAAUGUAUUUUCAGGAGAGAACAACAAUCCGGAUAUAAGCAAUGCAAGAAACGUCUUGUCCGUCCUUUAUUGAAAGCUCAGGAGAGGCUUUAUCGCAAACGGAACGGCACGGCACACUUAUCUACUUCAUCUACGCCUACUACCCCACCUUCACCCACAGAUUUGCCACAGAGUCCUGUCAAAGCCACUAUGUACACACAACUGAACGAAUCAAACCAACCAGAAAGUAUUUUGGCACCAAGCAACAGUUUUAAGCAACGUAAAUACAGACAUCGUAGAGUUGGUUCAGGCUGCGGCAUGAGCUCCAGUCCUAGAUCGAGUCCUCAUCGUGAAAGAAAAAGCAUAGAAGUAUCUACGAGAUUCGUCGAUAGUCACACGCAAACGGACAUCAUGGACAUUAGCGAAACAGAUCACAGUCCGAUAGCGAAUGCAGCGCAUUCUCUAACGGAGAGAUGUUCUUUGGACGCAGUCAGGAAACACUCGUUGAAUAAGUCAGUGGCGGAGUGUCUAAACGGGAAUCCAGUUUUGCCGGAAUCACAUUAUAGAAUAGAAUCUAGUCCAUGCUCCAGUCCUGAACCUAUGGAUGAAAAUAAUUCCAAUGGAAACGAACGUUUGAAGGAUUGCAGCGACGACGAUAAUCUCGAAACACUUGGCAGAAAAGUCAGUGAAAUUAUAAAUGCGAAUCGUCUUAUCUCACCUAUUGACAAUGGAAACGGCGAGAGUGUCCUAAUAUCUCAUAGUAGGAAUAAAGAAGAUCCGGCCAAAUUAAUUCACUUUUGCGGUAUUAACGUCAAUGGAUCAAAUAUUCAGCAAGAACAGUCCGACAUUAUAGCGCGAACAGACACUACGGAUGAUCGCGAAGAUGAUGCAUGUGAAGAGAGCUGGUCAGAUGAAGAGGGGGAAGACCCGAGCUAUACUUAUAACUACUUGCGACGAAGAAGUAUCGCAAGGAGGCCAAUAGCUCCCGGCUGCAGAUUAAGAAGAUCUAAACAAACGACCGAAAGAACAGAAGUGGUAUUAGCUUCUGAUGAGGAAAAUACUUCUGAAUAUUCGCAUCCUCCGUCCAGUCAGUCCUCCACUUUAGAAAGCAAUCCAGAUGUUCAAAGAGCUUUUCGUGAUAUACAUGAUUCCCAAAAGAGGAAGGAAAUGGAUGACGGUUCUGACACAUCGAGUCAAUCAGAAACAGACGAAGUCAGUGAAGUUACAAUUGCAUCUCAACCGGCGAGUGGAACUAAGAAGAUAGAGAGCAGAGUAUAGAUUAGUUUUUAGUCUAAUUUUUAUACCUGAUUUAUGAACGAUUUAUAGCGUAGUUAUUGUCCAGUGAAUUCGGUAAUUACGUCAACCCUCAUAUUACAACUUAUGUUAAAUAUGUAGAUAUUUAUCUGUUCAUACUUCUAUAUACACAUGCGAUAUUGAUACAUACAUAUAUACAUACAUACGCACAUAUAUACAUACAAAUAUAUACAUACACAUGCAUCUAUACAUCAUAUACACACGUAUAUACACAUAUUAAGAAAUAUGUAAUAUUAUUUAGGAGACAUAAGCAAAACGAUUACUCCUCUGAGAUUCGACUCAUUAUACAUCUUAUUUGAAUGUGGUUAUUCCAAACGAUUUUUUAAUCAUGAUCGAUCAUUAUUUAAUUAAAUGCAAACUGGUAAGAUUAAUAUUGCUCAAAUUUGAGUUAUACUGAGAAUCUGUUGACGGCAUAUAUCAGCAUGUGAUCAUUAAUUUAGAUCUAUUGUACAAUUUUCAUUCAACAAAUCUAAAUAUGAAAUCUGCUUCGAAGGAUAUCGUUCGCAAGUGCAGCGAUUAUGUUAGCAUUAUACGAAUUCGCUGUGUACUCGAGUUGAGGGAACGUAUAUUUAUUUCUUGCUUCUCGUAUCUCGUAUUUCUUGUAUCUCGUACUUUGUGUUCAUAUCUCAUACUCUAUGUUUCUCUUGAACGCGCGUAUGUUACUUUCAAAUCAUAAAUUUAAUUUCUAAUUGUGCAUAAACAGUCACCAUAGAAAUUUUUUUUCUAUAUGUUCAAAUUGUAGAGGCAGUCCUUUACGGUGAAUAACUCUCUUCGAGUUCAUACAUUUCUCUCCCCAUGCAUUGUGUUUGUAUCUGACGAAGUGAAAAAACGGUUAUAGGUAGCCGUGCUUACAAGUGCAUCGGGCUAAUGAUAUUAUGUAAAUACACCAACUUUUAAACGCGAGCUAGAGACGCGUUUCCUUGAAGAAAACAACAAGAUCAAAUAAACCACUCCUCGAAACGGAAUAGAAUGUACAACAUAACGAUAAUGAUUAUAAACGAAUUUUAUGACAUAAGUGCCUAUGGCAAUUUGCAUGCAGUACGUCGACCGCGACGAAUUGAAGUGUCUAGAAAAAGUUAGAAAAUUGAUAAAACGAUAAUACGCAAUUUAGUCUUUGAAGCAUGUAUUGAAAGAUAUUGUUGUACCUAUGUGAUCUUUUAUAUUUACAAUGAAUAUACACACAAAGACACGUUAGACCGAAAACAAAACGAAAAUUACAAAAAAUGUGAAAAUUCUCUUUUCCCCGAAGCUAUUCUCUAUUUACGGUAGUAGAAGAGCACUUUGUAUCUUGUUAUAUGUACCUCUCGAGAUAUAUAUAUGCUCAUACGUAAGAAACUUGACUUUAUUUUACAACCAACAAGUCAAGGAGAAUGUAAGUUUAGUGAUUGCGUACUUAUUGAUUUCAGCAUUUAUAUAAACUCUUGUUGUAAAUUAUACAUAUAUGUGUACACAACAUUUAUGUAUAGUUUAUAGGAAGAGAGUUGUAUUGUGUAAUAGUCGAAUGUGGUGCAGGUUACAGAAGUUUCAAAACGAAGCUCAAACAAUAGCAUUGGACUGCACACGUGAACUUCAUACUCAUUCCGCAAAACUGGUACUAAUAAUUUAUCGUACGCUCUACUUGUCAGACGCAUGUCUACGAGAAUUACUUGGUUAUUUAAUUAUCGGAAAAAGAAGAAAGAAAAACAUGUUUUGCAUCCAUCUAUUGUACCUGCUUUGAAACUCAAAUUGCCUUAAUGACAAUUAUAUACAUCUGUAUCUGUAAAUAUAGACAAUACAACGGGAACUUAGUGCGUAAGAGAUAGAAUAACGUUUUGAUGUGCUCAUUUGAACGAAAUAAUUUAUAAGGCAUAUUAACCCUAGAACCCUAAACAUGGGUAAAAUUUACCCAAACUUUUCAAACGUGAUCGUUCUUAAAAAACAUGUUUUGUUUUUUCAUUAUAACUUUUUUCAACUUUGUUCUUCGCUGAAUGACCUUCAUUAAAUCGCAAAAACUAAUAGACUUACAUUCCUCCAGGUUUUUUUAUCUUAAUUAAAAAAAAAUGUUAAAUUUCGAUCAUUUUUCCGGAAGUUAUGAGCAAAUAAAAAUGCUCUGGGGGUAAAAUUUACCCAUGUUUAGGGUUUACGUAACUUCUUGGUGUUUAGGGUUCUAGGGUUAAAGACAAAAGGAGACAGAAAGAGAGAGAUGUACUUUGUAGCAAUCAUACGUAUUGUAUCCACCAUAUUUAUGCGAGUAGUUGCAUAAAUCGUUCCUUUUUGUGCAGUGGCAGCUAACUGACUAGUUCUAUUAUUAUAUAAUAAUAGAAGCAGUACACAAAAUUUGUGUUAUAUAUUAUAUAUAUAAAAUAAAGUUGAUUUACACGAUUA